GAGAGAGAGAGAGAGAGAGAGCCCCACCUAUGGACAGGAAAGUUUGAGUCGGGAUGCAAGUUUGUCCCUGAAAGCCAAGGUGAAAACAAUGCUGGCAGAUUACAGGGUGCGAACGCACACAAACAGGAAGCACAAGAUGGCGUUCCCCCUUCCCCUCCUCCUUCUCCUGGUCUUCUUCGGCCACGCCCCCUCGCCAGGUUCUUGUCAGCCAUCCUUGGCCAACGUCAGCACCACGACGUCGCCCGCCUCCAACGUGUCCACCCAGAAGGUUCCGGGCUGCGGCGCAGACUUGGAUCCAGCCUACAGGUUCCUGUGCGACCGCGAGGCGGCGUGGGGCAUCGUCCUGGAGACCCUGGCCGCCUCCGGCUUCCUGUUCAGCGCCCUCCUCCUGCUGAGCCUGCUCCUCUGGUCCUUGUGGGUCUGCGUCUCCUUGCGGAACCAGCGCAGCAACAUCGGCGGGACGGUGGCCUGCAUGUCCAUGUUCCUGUUGGCCACGGCCGGCAUCUUCGCCAUCACCUUCGCCUUCAUCAUCCGCCUCGGCCCCGAGACCUGUCCCACCAGGGUCUUCCUCUUCGGGGUCUUCUUCUCGCUGGCCUUCUCCUGCCUGCUGGCCCGCUGCCUGGCUCUGCUGGGCUUCGCCGCCGCCCGCGGCUGGGGGGAGGCCGGCAUGGCGCUGGGGCUCUUCAUGGUGCAGGUGAUCAUCUCCACCGAGUGGCUGAUCCUGGUCUUGGUGAGGGACGAGCGGCCCUGCGAGUACAGCCAGGAGGAGUUUGUCAUGCUGCAGAUCUACGUCAUGUGCCUCCUGGCCAUCAGCUUGAUCCUGGCCAUGCACUUCCUGUGUCGCUCCUGCGCCACCUACAGCUACAGCUACGCCGGCGCCACCCACCAGCAGAGCCGGCAGCAGGCCGUGCUCCUCUUCCUCACGCUGGCGCUCUCCGCCGGCGUCUGGGUGGCGUGGGUCACCAUGCUGGUCAGGGGGAACCCCAAGCUGGACCGCCGCCCGCAGUGGGACGACCCGCUGCUCGCCAUGGCGCUGGUGGCCAACGGCUGGGUGCUGUUGACGGGGCACGGCUUGUCGCAGGCCGCCUUCCUCUGCAGGGGCGAGGCCAAGGCCAAGGAGUACCCGCUGAGCUUCGAGGGGUGGACCAGUCCGAGUGCCGACAUCCCGGGACUCAACAGCCCCAAGGGGGGAAAUGAGAACGGAAGCUUUGAGAAUGAGCCGGAAAACCGAAGAGGCAGACGAGUGGACGCCUCGCUGCGAUCGCCGUAUGAAGCUGGCUUCUCCAUGACGGAAGUUGCGGGCAGUAAAGAUUACAGCAUUCCUCGGCCUCAGAGCACCAACCUCACAGAACCUUACGACGACUAUUACGGGCCCUUGUGAGACGCACACACACAACAAGGAGCACGUCCAGAAUGCAUUUCAUGUAAAUAUGUGUCACUUUUUCCAUCAGGAAUGUCUUUUUUUAUUCAAUAUAAAGAAAAAGCAAAAACUCUCCUAAAGCGCAAAGAAAUGUCAACUUGAAUGUCAUUUUGCAGUGAACUUUUCUUUCGGCCAGUCAACAAAUACGUUGAUAAAUAAAAGUGUAUGUUAUAUUGGUCCUGUUCCUGGGCGGGUCUCGCGUGAGAGGAAAAGAAUCAUUUUGCAAUGUUGUCUGCUGAAAAUGAUGGAAAGCGCCACGCCACUAAGUUUGAAUUGCCACAAAACGCAUUUUAAGCUAUUCGACCCUCUGGCGUCACGUUUGGUGUGUCAGGUAAACCGCAGUGAAUCCCCUUCCAACUGUAUGAACAUGCAGUAUAUAUAUAUUGAUUUUUAAAAGCCACUCGGGUAAAAGCUAAAUAAAAAGGUAUUGUAACAACAAUGUCUCCCACACGACUGCAAUCUGUGGUGGUGGGUUGUUGAUUUGCCUAAUUGGCCAUGACGUAUGUGCAUGUAUUUUUUUAUGAAAAAGGUGAGCAAUAAAACAUGUUGCAAAAAAAAAAAAAAAAAGUUUAAAAUUAACAAAAUGUUUAAAUGUUGCAAAUAAG